AUGAUUUUUAAAAAAAGCAAGUUGCUCGGACUCUCCCUGUUGUUGGUAUUUGUGGAGUAUGUAUGCCGCGAUGGGGGACGAAAGUGGAUGAGUCUGUUCAGGCGCUGGGAAGCCGUCUCGUAUAACGGAAGCGACAUGAUUCUUAGCCAGAGCAGGUGGGGAAAAAAUGCCUACAGGCUCUCUCGAAAGAGUAUCCUCCAGUUUGAAAAAGGCUACGAGCAAGUCAGACAAAAGGAGAGAAUCGAACGAAGCAGUCUAGUGUGCAUCGUGCCCAGUGGAAUGCCCCGCUUCAGAAUGUUGCACGAUGACGUAAAGGCACAGAAGCAGCCUCUUCUCAGGGAAGGGACCGAAAAUGACAUAAGCCUCAGCGGAAAUGCAGAAGCUGCAGUCGAUAGUGAAGCAAAGGGGCAGACACAGCUAAAGUCGCAACCAGCACCAGAGGGAGGAUCACCACCACAGAGCACACCAACCAAGCCAAGUCCUCUCAUAGAACAGAAUACGAUGGAUCAUUAUAUAGAUGUGUGUACACAGAUAAGAAACAAAAAGUUCUCCUUUAACAAUUGUGAACUUUUUCAUCAAUCACCGACGGUGACACUUUACAGAAACAUGUUGCAAGAUAAGAGUCAAACAAGAUAUGACCUCAUAGGAUAUGGAACACUGGAUGAUGUGUCUCUGUACGGAGCGAGUCAGGCACUAAACAAUAUUGAUAUCAUCAAACAGUGGAACAAGAAUAUAUACAAAAUUAAUUACCUCAAAUUGAAUAAGGACUCUCUACUGCAGAAGUAUCAGAAGAACGAAAAAAUUGACGCCUCCAAAUAUAUUCUCCAAGAUGGGCACCUAAAAGGAAAUCCAAGAUACAUAUAUCUGAUUAAUGGACUUCCUUGGCCAUUUAAAAGCCACGACACAGCGUAUGAAUUUUAUCAGAAAUACACAGGGGAUCAGAAGAUGCUCCUUGUUGCCAACAGAUCUGCGAAUGAGGUGUUCGCUCCUAGUGGUUACUACACACGUAUAAAUAACUAUGAGAAUUUUUUCUGCCUCUACCCUAAGAGUGAUGACUUCUACGAGAAAGGACUGGAGUAUGUCAUCUCCGUUUACUAUGAUGUGAACAUACAUGAGUUUUUCCGCAAUAAGAUUCUGUCUCAGAUUUUCCCUUCUCUCAUUUUCAACUUGCAUGAUUCUUCUAAGAAAAUGACUGAGGAAGGACUAUCCGUUUCGGCUGAUGGCAUAAGGAAGGAGCUCCCUUUUCAACUCACAGAGAGUGCUACUCUUAACCAUGCCGAUAACCAGGACGGCAUCGAGAUGUCCACGUCCCCCUUCUUUGGCGCCACCGUCCUGCGUAUCAUCUUCGUGGACCCCUUCUACUACAUUUGGACCACCAAUGUGACUUUGUUCAAAAAAAUCUACGGCAUCGUCACGUGCGUCUUCUGA